AUGAUAUCCAACAUGACAUCCAACAUGACAUCCAACAUGACAUCCAACAUAAUAUCCAACAUGACAUCCAACAUGAUAUCCAACAUGACAUCCAACAUGACAUCCAACAUGACAUCCAACUACAUUAUCCACAUCGGAAAUAACAUUGUAAACAAGAGAUUAAGGAUCAGUGAGUACCUGAGCAAAUACGAGCGAAGGAUAAUUGAAAAAAACGCAAGCGCCUUUUUCUACAUUUUAAUUAACUUAAUUUUUGACGUACCAAUUGAAAGAUUCCGGUUGGUCAUAAAUAGAAAGUACAUUUUUCUGAAGAAGAGAAAAAAAAUCGAUGUGGUCUUCACGAUAACGAAGAAGUUACUCAUAAUGAACAACAUCAGCGUAAAGGAAAGAUUCCUCUGUUUUGAUGAUGGAAGCUGCGUUGACGACAGUGAUAACGCAUGUUGUGCCACACGGGGUGGUUAUCACUUCCCCCCCGUGGAAAAUGCGCUUUAUACCGCUCCCUAUCCUGAGCAUAGUUUGAAUGCACUCGCGUGGCGCUUCCGCCCUAAGACCGUCCUCCUGGACAACACAAUUAAAAAUAACAACCCAUUGAUGAAUGAAAAAAAAGAUAUUUCUCAUCACAACAUCAUGUCUAACAUGCUUACGAAUGUAAGUGCGGACAAGUUAGUAGAGUCCAAACGAUUCCUACACAACUAUGAUGAGCAUCCCUUCCAGGGAAGUACACCAUCAACAUACCAUUUAAACCUCGUUGGAAAUAUAAAAAGUGAAUACAAAAAGGAAGUGAAAAAGAAGUUAUCCUCAUACAACUCCUUCUACUUCAAGGAAAUUAAGAGCAAAGUAAACCACUUGAAAGCCAAAUCAAGUGAGGAAUACUACUGUCCCAGAGAAAGCACCGACUGUGAUACUAGCAAAGUACACAUUUCUGGUGGCGAAAAUAAUUUUUGUGAGGAGGGAAAUAUCAUAUUUAUUAAAAAAAGUGAAAACAAAUCGGGCAUCAACAUUUUAGAUGAAUUUCUGGACAUAUAUGUUUUGUUCCGUUUGAAGGGAGGUAAGGGAGGUUUUGGAGCUAACUUACGAAAUAAAAAAAGAAAAAAAAAAAAAAAAAAAAAAAACAUUCUUGAUGAUGCCUCCAGAAAUAUAAAAGGAAAUAGAGUCCUCCUCGACACCAUCAUGCAAACUACAGAAAAUUUGAUCAGCAAAAGGGAAAAAGAACAGAUUCUCCUGGAAAAGCUUAACAGUGCCCCGUCCCUCAUUCAGGGACUCUCCUAUGACAACGCCGAUGAAUUGGAGAACGGGGGGGCUAUCCCAACGGGUGAAGAACAGCUUGGCCAAGCGAUGGACCAAGUGACUGACAAACCAACAGACCAACGUUUGGACAACCACCCUCAUGGAGAAAACGCACAAUUGGAGACGACCUUCCAUCAGAGAAGUAACCUGCACGACAUUGUGUACAGCGGAAUAGUGCAGGAGGGGAAGCCAAAAAAAGAUAAAACAAAAAAAAAAAUUGAAAAAGAUAAACGGGAAAAAAGUAGGAACCUCAAGUCGAUUGAAAAUAUGUACACCUGUUUGUGA